ACUGAAAGCGCUGGAAAAGCAGGGGGCGGAAAGAGGCUUUCAAGAGAAAGCUAGGGAGACAACAACACCUUUGAGACGGGAUUACAAGUCUAUAGAUUCUCAAAGUUCCAGGCUGAUAGAUGAGAAGAGCAACUCGCAGGGCUGUUUGAGACCGAGUUGAAACAUUUCUGCAGAAAGACGUUUGGCUAAGGAGCAAUGGAGCCUGGAGGGGGGAGCCGUCAGCAGAUAAGGCAAGUGCUGCUUUUCUUUGUUUUCUUGGGAGAGUAUUUGGUGUGUUCAGAAACCUGGCGCUAUUCUGUGGCAGAGGAAACAGAGAUUGGCUCCUUUAUAGCCAACCUAGUGAAAGACACAGGUUUGCGUGUGGAUGAUCUUGCUGUGCGGGGAGCCAGAGUCAUCUUUGACGACUAUAAACCAUAUUUGUGGUUGGAUCAGCAGACUGGCAACUUACUCUUAAAUGAGCAACUGGACCGGGAGGCACUUUGCGAUCUCACUGAGCCAUGUAUAUUGCAUUUCCAGGUCUUAUUUGAAAAUCCCUUGCAAUUUUUUCAGGCUGAGCUUUGGGUCAAAGACAUAAAUGAUCACACUCCUACGUUCCUAGAAAAACAUAUACUUCUGAAAAUCUCAGAAGGUACUGCUCCAGGAGCCUCAUUCCAUAUAGAUAGUGCUCAGGACUUGGAUGUAGGAAAGAAUGGUGUUCAAAACUACACAUUAAGCCCUAAUCCUCAUUUCCACCUUAAAUUACAAGACAAUGAUGGGGGCAGAAAAUACCCAGAGCUGUUACUGGACCAAUCUCUGGAUCGAGAAAAGGAGUCUGAGUUUAGAUUAACGCUAACAGCCUUGGAUGGUGGGUCUCCGCCCAGGUCCGGAACUGCACUGGUUCGCGUUUUGGUCUUAGAUAUCAAUGACAAUGCUCCAGAGUUUGAGAGACCCAUCUAUGAGGUUCAGGUACCAGAGAACAGCCCUCUGGACUCCUUGGUCGUCCAGGUGUCUGCUACAGAUUUAGAUGCAGGAAUAAAUGGAGAAAUAUCUUAUUCAUUUUCUCACAAUUCCAGAGACAUAUGGAAAACAUUUGAAAUCCAUCCAAUUUCUGGCGAAGUCCAUUUAAAAGCGCUUCUGGAUUUUGAGUUAACUCAGUCUUAUACAAUUAAUAUUCAGGCCAUUGAUGGUGGGAGCCUUUUAGGAAAAUCAACAAUUUUAGUUCGAGUUGUAGAUGUGAAUGACAACCCACCAGAAAUAGUCAUGACAUCUCUUACCAGCCCCAUACCAGAAAAUUCGUCGCCUGAGAUGGUCGUCGCUGUUUUUAGCGUUCGAGACCAAGACUCUGGGGACAACGGGAGGAUGAUUUGUUCAAUUCAGGACAAUCUCCCCUUUGUCUUGAAGCCUACCUUCAAGAAUUUCUACACCCUGGUAACAGAGCGCCCAUUGGACAGAGAAAGCCGAGCCGAGUACAACAUCACCAUCACCAUCACAGACAUGGGAACACCCAGACUGAAAACCGAGCACAACAUAACCGUGCUGGUCUCCGACGUCAACGACAACGCCCCGGCCUUCACCCAAACCUCCUACACCCUCUGGGUCCGCGAGAACAACAGCCCCGCCCUGCACAUCGGCAGCGUCAGCGCCACAGACACAGACGCAGGCGCCAACGCCCAGCUCACCUACUCGCUGCUGCCGCCCCAAGACCCGCACCUGCCCCUGGCCUCCCUCGUGUCCAUCAACGCCGACAACGGCCACCUGUUCGCCCUCAGGUCCCUGGACUACGAGGCCCUGCAGGCCUUCGAGUUCGGCGUGGGCGCCACGGACCGCGGCUCGCCCGCGCUGAGCAGCCAGGCGCGGGUGCGCGUGCUGGUGCUGGACGCCAACGACAACUCGCCCUUCGUGCUGUACCCGCUGCAGAACGGCUCUGCGCCCUGCACCGAGCUGGUGCCCCGGGCGGCCGAGGCGGGCUACCUGGUGACCAAGGUGGUGGCGGUGGACGGCGACUCGGGCCAGAACGCCUGGCUGUCGUACCAGCUGCUCAAGGCCACGGAGCCCGGGCUGUUCGGCGUGUGGCCGCACAACGGCGAGGUGCGCACGGCCAGGCUGCUGAGCGAGCGCGACGCGCCCAAGCACAGGCUGCUGGUGCAGGUCAGGGACAAUGGCGAGCCGCCGCGCUCGGCCAGCGUCACGCUGCACGUGCUGCUGGUGGACGGCUUCUCCCAGCCCUACCUGCCGCUGCCCGAGGCGGCGGCCGAGCAGGCGCGGGCCGACCCGCUCACCGUCUACCUGGUCGUCGCGCUGGCGUCGGUGUCGUCGCUCUUCCUCCUGUCGGUGCUGCUGUUCGUCGCGGUGCGGCUGUGCAGGAGGAGCAGGGCCGCGUCGCUGGGUGGCUGCUCGGUGCCCGAGGGCCCCUUUCCGGGCCACCUGGUGGACGUGAGUGGCACCGGGACUCUGUCCCAGAGCUACCAGUAUGAGGUGUGUCUGAGGGCAGGUUCAGGGACCAGCGAGUUCAAGUUUCUGAAAUCUCUUGCCUGCGACCAUCAGGGGUCUGUGAAUGAUGUGGAGGAAAACUCAAACUUUGUAAAUGGUUUUGGAUUCAAUUAGGAAUUCGUUGAUUUUUCAGAGUGUUCAGGAUGAAGGUUAGUUCUUUCUAAAUGUACUAGGUCUCCAUUACCCUUUUUGGCCCAUAGAGAAUUUCUUGGUCUUUUGUUGAUUUCGUUUUCCUAAUUAAGGAGAUUACUAAUUUUCUUUGAGUAUAUACUCAUAUAUCCUCUCUUUUUGUCAUUUCUAUUUUGAUGGAGACAAAGAACUUUCAACUCUACUUCAUUACUGAAAAGUUAUAUUUGUUCAAUUUAUCAAUUUUUCAUCAUCAAAGGCCAUUGAUUAGAAGAUGACCUCAGUACUAUUUUCUGUUUAAUUGUUGUCUAGAAACUUUCUAAAUUUUUGAUGUGGUUACUCAGGAGACAAGUAUGAUACAAAUAUAAUGAAUUAUUAGUAUAUAUUCUGUUCACUCUGAUAUUUUGCGUACCUGUCAAAUUGUUAAAUGGAGAAAUGUCUGCAAAAAUUGCAUGUUUUUGUUUCACAGUAGUAUUAAAUGGAAAAGACUACAAUUUCUCCCAUAAUUAGGGGCUUUUCUUCUCUUUAUAUCACCCUUCAGUAUAUAAUAUAUAUGAGUAUUAUUGAAAGGUUAUUAGAAUAUUUCUAGAUAUUUAAAUAAUAGAUCCCUUUGUGGUGUCUGUCUAGCCCAUCCACUCUUCUUCUGGAAACUUCUCUCGUCAGAAGUGUACUCUUCCAGCCACGUCUAUUUUAUAUGACUCACCUCUCUCUGUGAUUUCAGACAACCAGACAAGGUGGUAGACAUUGCUGAUCCAAGCUGGGACAAUUUGAUUCUCUCUGUU